UUGUGGUUCUAGGAAAAUUCAACUUACGAUCCCAAUUGUCCGUUGAUGGUACAUGCAAUACACUCACAGCUAGCAAACCAACAUAGAAGCAAACAGUAUAGGUUGCAUUGUUAUUACAAAAAAUUCUCUACACAAGAGGAUGCAACCAGGCACCCCCCCUGCAGGUAUUGAAGGUGCUGAUUGGGAAUUACUCUGCAAAAAGUUUGCUAGCGCAGAAUUUCAGAAAGUUAGUGCUAAAAAUAGGACAAACAGCUUAAAGAAUGAAGUUCCACCUGUUGUUGGGACGGUUUCCAUUGCAAGGAUCGUUGAUAUGCGAAGAAGAGAAGGAAAAGAAAUAUCAGCAAUAGAUAAGUACAAGAUUGGCCACUUUUCAGCAAAGAAGAAGAAAAUGGUGAAUGAGAAGGCUGACGAUAUAUUGAAUGAAUUGUUACAUGAGAAAGAAUCUUCCACUUGCUCACCCGCUGAAAUUUGUAUGAAAGUACUACAUUAUAUCCCGGGACAUACAAAGGGACGUUCUGUUUCAGUCAAAAAGGUUUUAGACUCAGAAAACCUACGAAUGGAAUUGGAGUCAGAAAAGGAAAAAUCAAAAGCCUUAGAGGAAGAACUUCAUGUUGUGAAACAAAAGCAAACGAAGUAUGAAGAGAACCAAGGUGUAAUAAUGGCAGAGUUAUCACGUCUAUCUAAACUGCAAUCUCAAAAUAGUUGAUUGGUUGAGGGGUAAAAUUCCAUGUCAGAAGUCAGCCUGGAUGAAGUUUCGACUAUAUUAUAAUUUAGUUUUGAUUUGUAGUGAUUGAGGGGUAAAUGCUUUAGUAUUGAUUCGGUAUGAUACGGAGAUGGUAUUUUCUCUUUGGUAUUGUUAUAAUGUUGAUAUUGUUAUUUCUGUUAUUUCAAUGAUAUAUAUUAUACAAA